CUGCUUUUGAUAGAGCAGGUUACAGGUCACACUCCCAUCUUGGUUGUUUUUAAAUUUUUAUUUUACGGAAUACAAAAAUUCGCCACCAUGAGCACUCUGAACCAGCAGUAUGAGGAGAAGGUCCGUCCCUGCAUCGAUCUCAUUGAUAAACUCCGCUCUCUCGGUGUAGAGAAGGACUUGGCGCUGCCCGCUAUCGCCGUGAUUGGAGACCAAAGCUCCGGGAAGAGCUCUGUGUUGGAGGCGCUGUCAGGGGUGGCACUGCCGAGAGGAGUUGGUAUUGUGACAAGAUGUCCAUUGGAACUGAAGAUGACAAGAAAGAAGAAAAGAGAGGGGUGGCAUGGAAAGAUAAGCUACAAGAACUAUGAAGAAGAAAUCGAAAGACCUGCACUUGUGGAGAAAAAGAUUCGAGAAGCUCAAGAUAAACUGGUGGGGAACGGGAUUGGGAUCAGCAGUGAGCUCAUCACUCUGGAGAUUGCAUCCCCUGAUGUUCCCGAUCUGACGCUCAUCGACCUGCCCGGCAUCACCAGGGUGGCUGUCAAUGGGCAGUCAGAGAACAUUGGUGAACAGAUAAAAAUGCUAAUCCAGAGUAUCAUCAAAAAACAAGAAACCAUCAGCUUGGUGGUCGUUCCAUGCAAUGUGGACAUUGCAACCACAGAAGCUUUGAGGAUGGCGCAGCAGGUGGAUCCUGAUGGAGAGAGGACUUUGGGCAUCUUGACUAAACCUGACCUGGUGGACGAAGGCACAGAAGAGACAGUGGUUAAAAUUGUCCUUAAUGAAGUCAUCCCUCUGAAGAAGGGUUACAUGAUUGUCAAAUGCAGAGGUCAGAAGGAGAUCACAGAGAAGGUGUCUCUUACGGAAGCUCUAGUAAAAGAGGAAGCCUUCUUCAAGGAGCAUGCUCAUUUCCAGUUUCUCUAUGAUGAAGGUCAGGCCACUGUUGCUAAACUGGCAGAAAAACUGACUCUUGAACUGGUGCAUCAUAUCCAGAAGUCUCUGCCUCGGCUUGAUGAGCAGAUACAGAAGAAACUGAAAGGUACUAAGGUAAAGCUGGACAAAUUAAGCAAUGGACCUCCUUCUGAUGCAAGUGAGAGACUUGGUUUCCUCAUUGAUAGAGUGUCAGCAUUCACACAGGAUGCUAUCAGUCUCACCAAAGGUGAAGAAUUAAGAUGUGGAUACAAGUCCAACAUCUUUUCCACGCUCAGAACUAAGUUUGAAGCAUGGAAGGAAGCCAUUGAGAAAUCUGGAACAAAUUUCAGCUGGAAUAUUCAGAGAGAGGUCUCUCAGUAUGAAAAAAAGUAUCGUGGAAGAGAGCUGCCAGGGUUUAUCAACUAUAAGACCUUUGAGGCCAUGAUCCAGGAGCAGAUCAAACAGCUGGAAGAGCCUGCUGUCCAGAAACUCAAGCAAGUAUCAGAGAUUGCAAAGAAAGAGCUGUUUGAGUUGGCACAGAACAGCCUGGUUGGCUUUCCUAACCUCAUCAGAACAGCAAUGUUGAAGAUUGAAGCCAUCAGAAAUGAAAGGGAAGCUACAGCAGAGUCCAUGCUGAGGAUGCAGUUCCAGAUGGAGCUGGUUGUCUACACUCAGGACAACACAUACGGCAAGAUGUUAGCAAAGCGGAAGAGGGAAGAUGAACAGCAGCCUGUUUUUCCCUGUGGUUCAGCCCCAAAAACCCUUGUGAACAGUAACAGCAGCGAGGCCACCCUGAAAGAGAUGCUGAAACACCUUAGAUCCUAUUACCAAAUUGCCGGUCAGCGUCUGGCUGACCAGGUCCCCCUGGUGAUCCGCUAUCAGAUGCUGCAGGAGUUUGCCAGGCAGCUGCACAGGGAGAUGCUGCAGAUGCUUCAGGACAGGGAGAGAACAGAGACCCUGCUUCAAGAAGACAGUCAAACAAAAAUUCAGAGAGAACAAUUUCAGAAGUCCCUUAAGCGCCUCUCAAGUGCUCGUCUUCUGUUGACUGAUUUUAGUAUGAACACAUACAACUUCAGCUCAAACACAAGCUUAAAACCAGAUUUCUAAUCUGUAGCACAAUAGUUGACUUCACUCCACUUGUAUUACACACUGCUAAGAUUAAAAUGUUAUUUUAACUUGUAAUCAUCUGAAAUAAAAAAAAAACAUUGAAGGUAUAGGAAUGAAUCUUUCCAUAGCAUUGACUCUGGAAACACAGUUUGUGAUUUUAUUAUAGAUUUUUCUUUUUAUUAUUUCUGUUAACAGCCUAACAUCUAAAAAAAAAAAAAAA